AUGCUCAUCAAGUUGAACAGACCAGUUGUGGAAUCAGAUACCAUCCGGACAAUCCCCAUUGCAUCCAAAUGUCCAACUCCUGAAACCAGUUGCCAGGUCUCUGGUUGGGGUCAGCUAUUGAAAGGCUACUACCCUUUGGAUCUGCAAUGUGCGAUUAUUCCUGUGGUUGCGGAGAUGUACUGCAGACUCAAGUUUCACAGAUACUACCAUGGCACUAUGUUCUGUGCUGGUGGUAAGAGCGGCAAGAACACUUGCUACUUAGACUCUGGAGGCCCCCUGGUGUGCAAAGGGGUCCUGCAGGGCCUUGUGUCUAUGGGAACCCGUCCCUGUGGCCUACCUGGAACUCCAGGCAUCUACACCAAUGUCAGCAAACGCAUCAUUGAUGGCUUUCCCUGCAAUCCACACUCCCAGCCUUGGAUUGCUGCACUGUUUGAAAAUUAUGACCGCUACUGUGCUGGAGUUCUGGUGCACCCGCAGUGCGUGCUGUCAGCUGCGCGCUGCUGGAAACCAUACUACACCGUUGGGCUGGGCCUCCAUGGACUUUCCGAUUGGUUUGAACCAGACAGCCAGAUUAUGGAAGCCAGUUUCUCUGUUCUACACCCACAAUACAUCAGAACUAAGAUUGGAAGUGACCUCAUGCUCAUCAAGUUGAAGAAACCAGUUGCGGUAUCAGACACCAUCCGGACCCUCCCCAUUGCAUCCCGAUGUCCAACAGCUGGAACCAGGUGUCCGAUCUCAGGCUGGGGUCAGCUAUUGGAUGGCUUCUACCCUUUUUAUCUGCAGUGUGCAGUUAGUCUGGUAGUUUCAGAGCAGCAUUGCACUUUCAAGCUUAACUCAAGCUACCACGACAGGAUGUUCUGUGCUGGUGGGGAGUUCCGUAAGGACUCUUGCCGAGAUGCCACAGAGCAGGAUGAGCUAUGGGACAGGUACUCAUUCCUGGGCCUGCAAGGACAGAGACUGUACACCGAGGUAGCCUGA